AUGUCGAAAGAAAAGAGGUCUAGUAGCGGGCCCUGGGGCGAGAGGCUGAGAGAGGGGGGAAAAGGCGACCGGAGUCUUACAGGAAGCCCGAUGGUACCAAUGCGAACCAUUCAUGAAAAAGAACCCCAGAGGAAUAGGGUGCACCCUUGGGACGGCGUUGGCAAGAAGGGUGACGGGAGAGGGAAGAACAAGGUAUUCCGGGGAACCGACAGCUUUGAGGGCUGCAGGCUGACAGUUAAGGUACGGCAAAAACGCACUGGGCAGGCAGUGGUAGAUGUAGAAUUGGAGGGCGCCGUCGAAGGGGAGGGAGGAAGAGAGAGAAGGAAGAAGGGAAAGAAGAGUGAUAGGAGGAAUAGAGACGGGAGGAAGAGUAGGGAAAGGGAAAGGGAAAAAAGGGAAAGAAAUGAGGCGGAGAAUAGCAGGAGGAGCAAGAGAAAGAGGAAGAGGAAGAGGAGAGAGACGGAGGAGAGGGUCAUGACGGAACAGCCGUAUCGGCUACUAGUUCAAGCGAUUCGAGUCGGAAAGGCCCCAUCGAUAGGGGAUGAAGGGCGACUUCAAUUGCGCUUAUUCGCCUCCCAAAUUCUAUCCUGGACUCGGAAUCGCCCUGACCCAGGGACCUUUACUAGCGGCGCCGCUAGCGCUCAGCCUGUUUGGGCGAUGAACGGUUGA